CUGAGGUCAUAGUGUGAAUCUAAGAUGUCUGGGAGCCUUGAUUUGAGGAUGGAGAGCGGAGAGAGGGAACAAUUGGCUUCUCCCCAGAAUGAACCAACAGCCUCUGAGGGCCUCGGAAAGUUCCAGCGAUUGAAGCCCACAAUACUCGGAGCGAUUGAAGUAACAAUUGGGAUCUUCAUGGCACUGACCGCAAUCACGUAUCUGGCUGUCGAUGUCGACCCUUACCUAACAGCAAUCCUCUUCUGGGGAAUCCUCAUCUACAUCCCUGCUGGGGGUUUGACCAUCGCUGCUGACAGGAAACCCAUCAGGGCCAAGGUGUGCGCUGCGUUGGGGAUGAAUGUGCUGGUGGCUCUUUCGACCGUCGCUGGAAGUCCUCUUCAUGGCUUUGCUAUUGUAAUAUUUGGGUUUGAAGAGUGCGUAACUCUGUGUCACAGUGAAUUUGUCAUGCUGGCAGCGUCCAUCUUGCUGUUCAUCAUCUCCAUAAUCGUUGUUGCAUCUGCAGUGUCUGCUCUGUGUUCCUCUAGAAAGCCAUCAAAAGAACACACAGUCAUCUAAGAGGAACUUUUUGUUGGUUCUUUCAAUCCCUAUGUGAAAAAAUAUUAUACUUCAACUACACUUUUGACAGGAUGUACUAAGUACACUUUUAGUAUGUAACUGUAUUCUGUACUAAUUUCGUCGCAUUCAAGCAUACCAAAAUGUACUAAUGUAUACCUUAUGUCAGGGCUAUUCAAAUACAAAUUCAGUUGGGCAAGUUCUUCUAAACAAGAAAUUCAGUUGGGCCAGACAUUUUCAGCAGCAAGUAUGACAAAUUUUGGACCAACACAAAAAUGUAUUGAAAAACACAAACGUUUUAUUAAUUGUCAUAUCUGAAAAAUUACAUUGAUACAUCUUUGGUGAAAUCUGACCAAGGCAAAACUCUGAAAACCAAAUAGUGCACAAUAUUAGGCCUGUCAACAGCCAGUUUCCUUUUUGAAACAAAAUAAAUAUUUGUCAUAUCUGACCAAUAAGCAAAACACAAGGUGCAUCGAAAACAAAAUAGUGCCCAUUUAUCUGAGGUUUCCUUAUUUAAAUAAAUAAAAUAAACAUUUCGGUCACAUAUUAAAACAAGAAUAUCCCCCUGGGAUCAAUAUGCCAAAGUGGAUGAAAAAAACAGAACUAGGCAUAUUAAAGCUUAGUAAACAAACCCAAAACAAAAAAUAUCUAAGUAGCUUAACACGCAUGAAUACUUUGUUGCACACUUAGUUACACAUCCUUUUGUUGCCAUGUAUGCAACAGUUUCACUGCUGAGUUCUCAGUGGGAGAUGUGACAUCUUUUGUGCUGAAUGAGAGCAGUGAUUCUGGGCUCAUAAGAUGUCAAUGCAAUCCGAAGGCAUUCGUGAAGUGUGUACUGUCAGACAGUGAGCAAAGAGAGCUUUUUUUUUAAUUGAGUUCAUGUGUGAGGAGCUUGAUUCACAUGUGUAUGUUGAGCCAAACAUACUUAGCACGAGGACUGCUGCUCUCUUGACGUUGGGGAACUGAUGUGGGUUGACAUCAGCCCAAAACCUGGCAGGCCCAUUGGUGCGCAGCUCCGGUGCCAUCGUUAAGGAUGACCGCAUGUCCACAAGUUUGGGAAUGAAUUUCCCCUUGUCACUGGGAACGACCACCUCCUUUGCUUUGGCGGAUAAAGCCCCUUCUAUUGCGACAGUGAACGGGUCUCUGGCAAAACACAUCACCUCUGUUGGCAAAGCAAGUCCAUCCAAUCGACCAGCAAAGAUUUAUUUUAACCUGGCAAUGAAAUCUGUCAUCCCAGCGGUAAUGCUUGCCGGGGAUGAGAUGCAUUUGCAGAGCGUCGGCAAAUGCAACAUUCGGCUCGUGCUCGAGUCAGUCCCGAAAAGAUCCAGUUGGGCUUGGAAUGCGAGCAUCUGUUCCACCAGUUCAAUGACAGUUUUGUCUCUGCCUUGUAGUCCCACAUUUAAGUCAUUCAGGUGUUUGAAUAUGUCACUGAGAAAGCUGACAUCGCCAAUGAAGUUGUCACCCAGCAUUCGGUUCACGUCUGUUUCGGCCUUCUUAUGCUCGCUGCUGCGGAGGAAGGCUGUGAUUUCCUCUCUAGAUCACAGAAACGCUUGAGCGCUUUGCCUUUGGACAGCCACCUGACGUCAUUGUGCAAAAGCAGGUCAUGGUGCUCAGCAGACAUGUCUGACAGCAGCAUGCGGAAUAAGCGCUGUUGGAGGCUUGAUGUGGAGCGGAUACAUUUAAUUGCGCCAUCACGCUGUCCAUUGUCGACUUGAGCUCCCCGCUUAGUUUUGCGCACAAUACCAUCUGAUGCACAAUGCAGUGUAGGGAUAUCAUUUGAGGUGCAUCAGCGGACCAACGUGCAGCCAAACCAUUAACUUUUCCUGUCCCAAGCCCCAUUCGUUACAAGCAUGCACACACGUCUCAUAUCACGGCCAUUGUCUUCGAAAAAAAAGUAGAAAUCUUGUUAGAGACUACCUCGCUUGUUGUGUAUCCUUUUAACGGUAGUAAGCUGAGCAGUUCUUCUCUGUAGCAUUUGCCGCAAUCCGUCUUAUCUGUGGACUCAUCUACUUCUAUAGACGUGACAUCAGCUUUCUUCAGGUCUUCCAAAAGCGCUUUGAACACAUCAGUAGCAAGAAGUUGAACCCUGCGAAUAUUUGAGGUGUCUGACAGGGGUACCUUUUUAAUGGCAGAGGUCACGCUUGUUUUUACUUUGUCGUCAUUUAUAACCUCGUUCACGACGACCGGCAUGCACUCUUUCGCGGUUUCAGAGUCUGUAAAUGCCCUUUUCUUUUUUGCCAAGAUUCAUGACACAGGAAGGGAAGCAGCUGUAGCUCUCUCUUGGUCUGUGCAUGUCCGCAUCAUAGUAGCACAGCUCCGGUUGUAAGAUUCCAGCUAACUCUCCAUCUUUGCAGCCCUCUCCUGAGAUCCCUCGGGAAAGCUUGAGUGCACAUUAUAAUCUUUAAGUACCGCAACACACUCAUUACAAAUUAAACAUCGGUUUGGUGUUUGGAUUCGGCUCAAAAUGAAUAAAUACUUGUCAGUCCAGGUUGGGUUGAACCGACGGUUUUCAGUGUCUGCUUGGCAUAAUUUAGAAUGGAAGUGUCUAUGAAGUGUAUUUUAUCACUGCUUAUACUACAGAAUAGUGUAUUUUGAACACACUAUGAUCAUACCUCUAUAAUAUUUCAAAUUAAAUUCAAAUAGACUUUCUGACUAUA